GCACAAUGUUAGCGGCACGCGGGCUAGCUUGACUAUUGCUAUCCUGUGGAUAAGGAAGUGUUUCUCACGUCUCUGAUUAAAAUUGUGCCUUCUUUGUGUCGAGGUGGGGACAUUGAGGUGUACCAGCAGCCCAUUGGAAGCAUGCAGAUGCACACAAAGACUGUAGCUCCCUUUGGACACCACUGGGGAAACCUUACAGAGACCACACAGCAGCUGGGUAUAUAUUAAGACUGGGUGGAGAGGAUGUCCUCGCCAGUAUACUACAACCAUGACAGUGCCAUCCGCUUUAAGAAGAGAAAAGCUCGAUUUUCUUUCAGUGAAGUCCACGUGCUGCUGGAUGAAGUGAGGAAGAAUCGUUCGGUUGUUGUGGGCAAAUUCAACCGAGGAAUACCAACCGAUGCAAAGAAGCGCAUCUGGGCAGAGAUAACUGCACGUGUCAACGAGAUUGGGGAGUGCCAACGUGAGGUCAUAGAGGUCAUCAAGAAGUGGUCUGACCUAAAGUGUGACACCAAACGCAAAGUGGCAGCCAUGCGCUCAGGGACUGUUCCCAACAGAGGUCUGAACUCACGUCUUUCCCGAGACCUCACUCAAACGGAGAAGAUAGUUCUUCAGAUUCUUGAGAUGGACGAAGACGACCAGAGCACUGGAGAGUGCGGUCCACUGGGAGAUGAUGAUGAUGUUCCCGAGGAAGAGGAGGAGAUGGAAGAGGAAGAUAUGAUGGGAAUGCAGAGUUCUCCUAACGGAGGGGUUGACCUGGCAUCCAUGCCGCCACCACCUUCAUACGGGGACUCAUCACAGCCAGCUUAUGAUGUGCAGUAUGAGGUACCCCCAAGAGAAGAUACCGAAACCCCAUUUGGAGAUUCGGAUGAAGAUCAAAGAGAUGACGUGCUUCCCUCCACUCAGCCAGCAAAAUCAGGCAUAGCACAUCAAGUUAACAAUGGCAUCCAUAAACACGCACAACCUCAGAUGUCUUCCGGAGCGCCCGCUUCGGCGCCAAUGCUUCCUACGAUGGGUCAGCUGCCACACAACUCGAGGGACAGCCUGCUGCAAAAUGCCUCCCUGAGCCUGCAGGAGCAGCAUGCCACCAACAUGCUGCUGGAGACCGUGUCACGCUCCCUUGAGCUGCUGGCGGAGUCGGUGCAGCAGCUGGCAGAGACUCAGCAGGAGUUUGUGCGGGAGUCGCUGCAGCUGCAGCGGGAGACGGUGCAGGUUCUCAGAGACUUCACGGGUGGAGCCAUCUCCCUCAUGCACGAUAAACUGAAUGGACGGCCAGCUUUAUAACACAAUUCAUAGAUGUUGAUAAGCUGCAUCACUGACUUUGUGCUUGGCCCUCAGGUGCAGGAACAUUAAGUUCUGUUGGUUGGAACGUCUGCUUACUGUACUUUAUUUUAAAACUUUAUUGGUACAAACAAAAUAAUACCAUGGAGAGUUUUUUUAUUUGCUACUGAAGGUGGGAUUCCUCCCACUUGAAUUUUCUAAAUUAAACACCACAUUUAAAACAUUUAUUUUAAUGUCAUCAUUGUAAAAAUAAACAACUGAUUUUUCUUUUAAAAAAAAUCUUAAAAUGUCAUUUUGUGUGUUUUGCUGUAGCUUUCCUUUGCCUCGGUGUCUGGAGAUUACCACAUGUACUGUCAUGGUUGAGUGGACGUCUGCACCUGACCAUCAUAUGGUCCCUAAAUCUAGGAGCUAAAUAAGCUGUUAUUGGAUGCAUUGAAAAGAACUAUAUGUAAAGCGUUUGUGAUUGUGUGAUCUUUGUUUUUUUAUAUUACACAAACACUUGAAAGGUUCCAAUGAGUUCUUUUGAAUAUGAAAUAAACCCCAUAUGUAGUAAAACCGAA